AUGUCCGAAUCUUCCGCAUUCGUUCGUGAAAACGGACAGAACAAGCAGGAAAAUGCACCGCCUCACUGCCGUGACAAAGACCUCUUCGCUGUCUUCUUCGCUGAUUCCCUUCCCAUGCACGCCGCCAUCGAGAAGGACGUAAGCGGUUACGUUACCGCGUUUGAUCCCUCUUGCUGGAUCAACUGUGGCCGCAUCUACAAGGACGUACCGCCCAACGUGGCUGCGGCCUGCGUAGCUGCAAGAGCACUUCCGGAUGCAUACGCCAUCCUACCCCCAGAUUGCUCCGUCCGGCAGCUGCUCGCUCAGCGGAUGCCACAUGUUCUGUCGCCGGCCAUCGCUGCACGUACCACGUGGCUGCUCCGUGAGCUACCGAAUUGCGGUCACGAGCAAGUCACUGGGCUCGCGUCAAUCCCUCCCCUGUCUGUUGUCCGCACCCUACAGAAUGCGUUCGGGCAGUCAUGGUUCGAUGGCUACAAGUCUGUUCAAGAUCCCGUAGAAAAGUCACGAUAUCUCCCGCUGUACGCCAUCAGCGCGUUUUGGGAGAUGCACGAGCUUCUAGAUGCAAAAGCAAAGUGGCAGAGGAGCUACGAUUGGAUGCCAGUCAAUGACAGGGCAUUGUUGGGUCACGUAGGAUGGAAUACACAACAUGCGGGUGCUCCGGAAGGGCAGCUUGACUGGACUCGUUUGUUGAGCAAGGAUGGGUGGAUCUCGGGGUUGAUCAUUGACGAAAUGAUUUACGUGAUUGUUCAGAAGCAGAAGGAGGGUUCCUACGAGCCAGAAACCUGUGUUCUGGAUCUCAGCUUCCAGCGCAAUAUCAACGCCUUUGCUGAUCCAACGCACAGAGGAAAGCAUAAGCAUAUUCGUCAACUGGCAGAGAAGAUCAAGAAUGGGGACAUUUCACGUGUGCUAUGCCCCCUCCAUCUCAACGGGAAUCACUGGAUAGCCUUCGAAAUCGACUUCAAGCGGUCCCAACUACUGUUUGGAGACUCCCUGAACUCCCGCUCAGGGCCUACACAAUUUGCCGCCAAUGUUAGACAGUGGAUUUGGGCCCAAAUUUCCGAAACUUUUCCCAAUCUACCACUCCAAACAAUGUUACAUGGUACACAGGAUGGUUUCAAUGACUGCGGAAUCUACACGGCUGACACAAUUGAGCACGCCCUCUUCUCUUCUCCGCUGCUACUUGAUCCAGUCGACUGUCCAAGGGCACGCGUCACGUGGUUCAAGAGAUUCGUGCAUUCCAGAGACGCUUCUGUCCUCCCUCUCCCUUCUGAGACUGCGCAAACAGAGCUUCUGGCUGACAGCUCGGAGUUGGAAUGGGAGAAUGCCCCAGUCACAGCUAUUCCGCCACCUGAUCAAGUGCGAACAAGCAUAACCCUGAUCGAUCUCCUCAAUCCACCAUCAUCACCUGGUAAUCCCUCUUUGAGCCAUGGAAAUGAUCCAGUCGCCCAAGACCAUAACACAGCCUCAGACACCGUGCCAAAGUCGGAGCCUGAUCCCAUCAUUGUGCCUCCCUGCAAGCCUCCGCCUUUGUCGAUUUCCCCAGUGAAGACUAAGCAUAGCAAGCCUGCUCAGCCAGCUACAGUUUCGGACGAAUCCGAUGGAUACCUCACUGAUGACUGCCGAGCAAGCCAACGCCCACGCAAGCCCAAAACGCAGCCACGUGCCGCUAAACAGACCGAGAAGGAGCGCAUCAACAUCCUCCUCCAAGACAAGCACACUGUCAAGCAGGGAGGGAAGCUCAAGGGUACAGCGCACACUGUAUACUGUCGCUGCCGGCCAAACACUCCUAUUGUGCUCGACAAAGUGAAGACGUACGCGCUCGCCCACUGGAUAUCUCAUCAAAAGCGUUGUGAGCUUGUAACCGGCCAAAAGAAAGGGACGCGUGUUGGUGGUGUGCAGUCAAAGACGGUCAAAUCUGUCAACCCUCAAGCUGGUUCUCUACUCUCCUUUGUCACCGUCAAGAAAAGGGCGGCAGUCCGAGACACAGAUGCCAAUGUGAACAACACCAAGCUUGUCACGGUGAAGGCUGCGGACCAUCGACUGGACGUGACCUUUUUCACCCCUCUGUCGACCGAUGCACCAUUGCCUGCUCCAGUACCGCUUCAUCCCCUACGACAACAGGAGUGCAUAGGACUAUGUGGGCCAGGACACCGUGAAUACGCGUUCCAGAUGGGUGAUAAUACUGCGGCUGGGUUGGACGCAAAAGAAUGGAACCGGUUGGCACGCGAACUCUUCCCAUAUAAGCAGUGGGACGGACAUGAUCCUGACAGCGGCGCUGAGACAUCGGACUUGGUAGCAGGCAAAGAGGAUCAUGUGCCAGCACCGGUGGCCCCGGGAAGGGAAAGAAUGGGGUCCUUCGAGGACCUUACGAAGAGAGCACUGUCCGGCAUUGAUGUCACGACCAACAGACACCCAGCGCGAUCGGCAUGGACCCAGUACGAAGUUGGACGUCUUCAUCAGGCGUGUGUGGCCGCUUCUCGAUGGCGGGUCAGUGGUACCGCUGGUGCGGUUUUCUCAAAACGGUGCACUGGCGCAACAUGGAAUCGCGAUGGUGUCUGCUCCGAAUGUGUGGAGAUCUCGAAGGCUGAAGGCUUGAAACGUGGCGUCCGUAAAGCGCUCAAGACUGCAGCGCUACCACCGGCGGAGUUUGCCAAUGCCAUCGAGAGGCGACUCAAGUACACCCCAGUCACCCGUAGUGACCACACAGCAGCGACGACCGAGCUCAAUCUCAAGUCCCGAGCCGUGGUGAAGAUCCUAACGGCAAAGGCUCAAUACGGCGAUGCCGGUGUCUUCCUUACACUGUAUCAGCAGGCGCAAAGAGGGGAGCUUGCAAAGCGUGAAACGUUCAUUGCAAUGGCCGGUCACAUGUCGGAUCGAACACGUCGUGAGCAGGAUCCAACAGGAAAGUUGAUCCACGGCAUUCGAUACCCUCCGUUGGUUUUGAAUUAUUGUACACUCAUGAGAUCCUAUGGGCAUCGUUCAGGAGCGCAGUAUGACCUGUUUUCUACCUUUUCUGGUGGCCCCUCAAAGCGCCAGCUCCGACGGAAUGCAGCGAAGUACCCUGUGACGUUGCGAACCUCUGAACUCUGCAGAGAGAACUUGGACUCUGUUGUCGCGUACAGUAAACUUAUUGGCUACACGGGACCGUGGAUCGCAGCUGGAGACGGAACCAAACUGCGUCCAGUUCUGUCUGUUUCAGCCGAGUUUAGUGAUAAAGGAAGUGCGCACGUUGUCGGAUCCACAUUACCCCUCAAAGACGUCCAAUUCUCGUCCUCGGAGGAGCAGUCUCAAGUCACGGACGCUAUCGAGAAGGCUGAGGCGAUUGCAACUCAAGUAUGGGUCUUGGCUCUGAAGAUUCCUUUGCCCAAUAUGCCAGUCUUUCCUGUUGCCUUCGUACCAAACAAAGGCGACAUGACAGCAGGCGACGUUCAUGGCAUCUACGUCCAGCUUCGAAGCCUGUGUGCCGAAGCCGGGAUCAAGCUAUUGGCUACUGGCUCUGACGGAGCAAAAGCAGAGGUCAAUGCCCAGCAGAUGCUCAUGAACGAAGACACUCCGAAAAGGCUGUCGUGUACCAACAAGAAGUAUGGGAUCUUCUUGAGCUGCCCUGUCCACAACGAUACUGGCCCAUUGAUAUCCAACACCGACCCUGACCAUGCGCUCAAAACGACGCGCAAUAACCUGCUUACCGGCACUCAUCUCCUCAUCUUGGGUGGGCUCUAUAUCUGCCAUUCAGUUCUCAUGACUCUCCUUUCCCUGAAGGGCACUGUCUUGUACCGAAAGGAUAUCUUCAAUACUGAUAAACAAGACGACGGGGCGGCGCGACGGAUGUUCACUGCUUCUCUGCUCCGGAUACUGGUCAAUGAGGAAGGCGAUCUUGUCAAGAUGUCACUUGGAGGGUUGUUCAUGUUCCUAUUUGUAUUUGGUGAACUGUUCGAUGCAUGGACCCAGAGAAAGAUGACCCAUAUACAACGUCUUGUCUGCGUGUUCCGAGCGCGUCACUUUAUGAACAUCUGGCGGAUCAGCGUUUUCAGCGCGUCAGACCGCUAUCCCAACUUCUUCCCGCCCCAGCAAAGCUUCAUCGCCGAUUCCUCGUUCCAAAUUCUGAUUCGACUGUGCGAUCAGUUUGUAUUACUGUUGCUCGCGCACCUCGAGUACUAUCCGGAUGUCCCGUUCAUGCCUUGGCAUCAUGGUACCCACUAUCUUGAGCAUUUCUAUGGGAUUGCCUGGUCGUUCGUCCCUGAAUUCUCGCAAGGUCAGCUCGUCGAGAUGUACAAGCACAUUUGUAUCCGACAACACAUCCUGUCAACGGGUCAGUACACGACAAAGAAGGAGAAGGAUUCCAACAAUGGCUACACAUUCGACUACGUCGACGCGAACAUGACCACCGCCGAGAUCAAGAUGCUCAAAGAGAUCCCGUCUCGAGAGCAAAUCGACGAAGCAUGCGCCGUGGCGUGGCACGAGGCAGCGGAGAUUGCGCGGCAGCUCGGCAACAUGCCAAUACCUUCCCUUCCACUCUCUUCAUCGUCGCUCCACCCUCACUUUCGCACUGCACCUGGACCCGAACACGGUAGCACCUCCGAAGAGUCGCUGGAUGAAGAAGAAGAGGAUGACGGUGGCCUUGGCUCUAUCAUCGAAUCACCUAUCGCGCAACCAAACUCGACCGACUGCAUUCGUAUUCCGUUCACUACCCCGUCUUCCAAGCCGACCCACAAUGUCAAUUCGCUCAACAACAUUACCGAAGCCGACGCUCAGGGUCUGGCAGCGCAUCACGUUCUGACGGAGGACUACCUUGGGGAACUGGCAUCGCAGUCGCAGGCUGUUCUCGAUACCAUCCAUGAUGAUCUGGAAUCCCAUCCUGAGUCGAAGAAGACGAUGUCUGGUCGAAUGCUCAUCGCCAACCUUCUCAAUCCGCUUCCUUUUAGCGCCGAAUCACCGGAACACUCGGUGGAUGUGCCCUCUUUUCUACCGUCCAAUGGAGUGGUGUCACGGAAGGACAUGCUCAAUGAGCGUCUGCGCCAUUCUUUCGACACUCGGGUUCACUCCGAGGCCACGAGAAAGCCACAGAUCAACGAGAAGUACCUGGAUGGGAAGUUCUCGCUGAACCACGCUAUGCACCAGCUGAAGGAGACGAUCGAGAACUCUGAUCGACUGCGGAAAGACACCGAGUUUCACAAAGGACGUUACCGACGAUGGAUCGCAUCUGGGUCCGCGGAGACCUGGGAUGUAGGACGUGCAUUGAAAGCAAUUUUCACGGGGACAAUAGAUGUUCCGAAUAUUGACUGCCGCGGCGUCUCAAUGCCUGACUCGCGACUGCUACUCGGAUCGCUUGUGAUGAUGCGAAGUCCCGAUGGUGUCUACUUGGGUGAGGUGCUGGCAAUCUAUCGCUACGGGUCGGUUUCCGGGAAACACGAAAGCUUUCCGGAGGCGGAAACAACGCAGGGUCUCAGCUACCUCAGCCUCAAGGUGUAUAACCCGAUCCCUGCAAGCGGCCAGCGAAACAUCUUCGAGCACAUCGCUGCUGAGGAAGGAGCAACUCGACCCGCACUUCCUCUCUUCACCCACGCCUACGCCUCUGACCUCAUAUACAAUCUCAAGGAUGCUCGGUUGACCUCACACGGCGACGAAGCGGGGACAUACUCUCUGUCUGCUGGCGAUAACGUUUUCGAGCGGUGGCGGUAUCUGGCGCAGUGGGAACAUCAGGAGAAGAUGAAGUUGAAGGAAAGUGGAGGAGCGCGUCAAAAGAAGAGAAAACGAGAUGUCGAGGGGGAUAUAUCAAGCAAGUCAAAGGCUAAGAAGAAAAAGACGUCCCCGACGCCGCGAAAGCAGCCUCAGCGUCCUCGCAAAGCUCCUACUGCACGUAAACGGCGCUAGGAAGCCAAAAAUAGCUAUAAUACGGCAAAAUUAGGCUAUUUUCUGAUCUCGGUCCGUUUUAGUGCAAAUCAAGGCCUCUGAGCGGAAAUUUUUAGUGCAAAUCAGAGGGUCUGGCCGGACCGACCUAUGCGGUAGUGUCCGUGGGCCUAUCAAACUUCGCUUUGCAUCUGGACAACCUCGUCAUUUCCAGGCACUCUGCGCUUGCGCUGACGCUCUGUCGAUGUUUCUUGAGGCGCUAAAGGUCAUUGCCUUGCUUGUCAAGGCUUCUCCACCCUCAUAAUUGGCUCGAUUUCGUGGGACCCGGCUUCCCCCGCUGUUCCGUUCCUCUCCGUGCUCUUCCUGUCGGUCUCGAGUUCGACCCGUCGUAGUUGCCCGUAUCAGAGAAAAAAUUAGAAUUAAUUUUGAUAUCAAAUAGCAAGGCAGAAUGUCGGCGGAGCCGACGCUUUC